AUGGAUAAUGAUGAGCUCUUUGACGUCUUUGAUGAGAAAUCUAUCGAACUUCCCGAGUUAGAUAAGCCCUCGGAUGUUCAGGAUGACCAACAAUUGGAGCCAAAUGAAAAUGGUUCUAGUAAACGUCAACUAGACAGUUCGGAGGCCGAAUCUGGUGCAAACGAUGUUCUAGAAGGUGAAGAAUCUAAGGAGAAUCCAACGAAACGGGCUAAGGGCGAUAAAAAGUUGCUUGAUAAGAAGAAGAAGUCUGACGUUAUUCCCGUUGUGGCAGACUCGUUCGAACAAGAGGCUUCCCGUGAGAUAAAUGCAUCGAAUGGACUAGGCGCUGGUGAUGCUACUCAAGUAGAGGAAGAUGGUAAAUUGAAGCUUUCUCAUCAAGUUAGACAUCAGGUUGCUCUGCCGCCUAACUAUGAUUACUUGCCAAUCGGGGAACACAAACGUCAGAAUGAAGCUAGAACUUACCCUUUCACUUUGGAUCCUUUCCAAGACACCGCUAUUUCCUGUAUAGAUAGAGGUGAAUCCGUUUUGGUUUCCGCCCACACAUCUGCUGGUAAAACGGUGGUUGCCGAGUAUGCAAUUGCACAAUCAAUGAGAGAGAAGCAAAGAGUUAUCUACACAUCACCUAUCAAAGCGCUUUCGAAUCAAAAAUAUAGAGAGCUUUUAGCCGAUUUUGGUGAUGUAGGCUUGAUGACUGGUGACAUCACAAUAAAUCCCGAUGCCGGUUGUUUGGUUAUGACCACUGAAAUUUUGAGAAGUAUGCUUUACAGAGGUAGUGAAGUGAUGAGAGAAGUCGCUUGGGUUAUAUUUGAUGAAGUGCAUUAUAUGAGAGACAAAGAAAGGGGGGUAGUUUGGGAAGAGACAAUCAUUCUACUACCCGACAAGGUCCGUUAUGUUUUUCUGUCUGCCACCAUUCCUAACGCCAUGGAAUUUGCCGAAUGGAUUUGUAAGAUUCACUCUCAACCUUGCCAUAUUGUCUACACCGACUUUCGUCCAACGCCUCUGCAACACUAUCUAUUUCCUGCCCAUGGGGACGGUAUACACUUGGUAGUCGAUGAAAAAAGUACCUUCAGAGAAGAAAAUUUCCAGAAGGCUAUGGCGUCAAUCAGUAACCAAAUAGGUGAUAGUUCCAACUCAGCUAAUUCGAGAGGCAAGAAGGGGCAAACGUAUAAAGGUGGGGCUUCCAAAGGUGAUUCCAAAGGCGACAUCUACAAGAUCGUAAGGAUGAUCUGGAAGAAAAAAUACAACCCCGUUAUUGUAUUCUCUUUCAGUAAAAGAGACUGCGAGGAACUGGCUCUAAAAAUGUCCAAAUUGGACUUCAACUCGGAAGAUGAGAAAGAAGCACUAACGAAGAUUUUCAAUAAUGCCGUAGAUCUUCUUCCUGAGAUUGACAGGGGCUUACCACAGAUCAAACACAUUUUGCCUCUUUUGAGGAGGGGCAUAGGCAUUCACCAUUCUGGGUUGUUGCCUAUCUUGAAAGAGGUGAUCGAAAUUUUGUUCCAGGAGGGUUUUCUCAAGGUUUUAUUUGCGACAGAGACAUUCUCAAUAGGUUUAAAUAUGCCUGCGAAGACGGUGGUUUUCACGAGUGUAAGAAAAUGGGAUGGCAAGCAAUUUCGUUGGGUAUCUGGUGGUGAAUAUAUUCAGAUGUCGGGUCGUGCGGGUCGUCGUGGAUUAGAUGAUCGUGGUAUCGUCAUCAUGAUGAUUGACGAAAAGAUGGAACCUCAAGUGGCAAAGGGCAUGGUAAAAGGUCAAGCUGACAGAUUAGAUUCCGCAUUCCAUCUUGGUUACAAUAUGAUUCUGAAUUUGAUGAGGGUAGAGGGGAUAUCCCCGGAGUUUAUGCUGGAGCACUCGUUUUUUCAAUUUCAAAAUGUUACCUCAGUACCCAUCAUGGAGAAGAAGCUCACUGAACUAACACUCAAGUCUAAAGAGAUUGUUAUCGAAGACGAACAGAACAUCAAGGAUUAUUGGGAAAUUCAGAAAACUUUGGACGGCUAUGCUAACGAUAUCCGCCAUAUUGUCACACAUCCGGCAAAUAUUCUAAGCUUUUUACAGCCUGGAAGACUUGUUGAGGUUAAUGUAGCCCCCAACUUCAACUAUGGGUGGGCUGCUGUGAUUGACUUUGCCAAACGUACAAAUAAGCGCGAUCCCACGGCAACCUUUUCUGAUCACGAAUCGUACAUUGUGAACGUCGUUGUUAAUACCAUGUAUGUGGACGCUCCUGUCAACUUAAUCAAGCCGUUCAAUCCGACUUUCCCAGAGGGUAUCAGACCAGCUUAUCCCGGGGAAAAGUCGAUUACUACCAUUCUUCCUAUUACUUUGAGCUCGAUUAAGAGUGUAGGAAACUUGAGACUUUACAUGCCAAGCGACGUACGCGCCAGUAGUCAACGAGAUGUUGUUGGAAAAUCAUUGAAAGAGGUUAGGCGUAGAUUUCCUGAUGCAGUGCCACUAAUCGACCCCGUCCAGAAUAUGAAAAUUGAGGAUGAGGAUUUCAAAAAACUACUACAAAAAAGCGACGUGUUGACAUCUAGACAGAACGCCAACCCCUUGGCGGGUUCAGUGAAACUAGUUGAUCUAUACAAGAAGUAUGACCAGAAAGUUGCAGUCAAUGAGGAGAUCAAGCAGUUGACAAGGCAAAUAAACGAAGCUCAAGCCGUUAUUCAAUUAGAUGACCUACGUCGUCGUAAGAGGGUUUUGCGUCGUCUAGGCUUUUCAACUCAAAGCGAUGUGAUAGAAUUGAAGGGACGAGUUGCCUGCGAAAUUUCCAGUGGUGAUGAACUUCUGUUAACCGAAUUGAUUUUCAAUGGUAACUUUAAUGACCUAACGCCAGAACAGUCCGCCGCUUUAUUGUCUUGUUUUGCCUUUCAAGAACGUUGUAAAGAGGCACCAAGGUUAAAGCCAGAGCUGGCCGAACCUUUGAAAAAUAUGAGGGAAGUUGCAGGAAAGAUCGCCAAAAUAGUGAAGGACUCUAAAAUUGAGAUAGUUGAGAAAGACUAUGUGGAAAGCUUCAGACAUGAACUUAUGGAGGUGGUUUUCGAAUGGUGUAAAGGCGCCACUUUCACCCAGAUUUGCAAAAUGACGGAUGUAUAUGAAGGAUCUCUAAUCAGAAUGUUCAAGCGUUUAGAAGAACUCAUAAAGGAACUGGUAGAUGUUGCAAACACCAUUGGGAAUGCUAUGUUAAGGGAAAAGAUGGAAGCAGCGCUCAACUUGAUCCACAGAGAUAUUGUUUCCGCAGGUUCAUUGUAUUUGUAA